AUGAAAAGCCUCCUGAAUGCUUCUGCAUACCGUUACACUUCCAUAUACUGCCACCUUAUCGAUCAUCCGAUUUUCUUUAUUCGCGCGAUCAUUGUGCAGCGUGAUUCACUUCGAGGCGAUGAUGGAAUUCUGGGCGAUGGGGAAAUUCUGGGCGAUAGUGGAAUUCUGGGCGAUUGUAAAAUUCUGAGCGAUGGUGGAAUUCUGUACGAUGGUGGAAUUCUAGGCGAUGGUGGAAUUCUAGGCGAUGGUGGAAUUCUGGGCGAUGGUGGAAUUCUGGGCGAAGGUGGUAUUCUGAGCGAUGGUGGAAUUCUGGGCAAUAGUAGAAUUUUUGGCGAUGGGGGAAUUCUGGACAAUGGUGGAAUUCUGGGCGAUUGUAAAAUUCUGAGCGAUGGUGGAAUUCUGGGCGAAGGUGGUAUUCUGAGCGAUGGUGGAAUUCUGGGCAAUAGUAGAAUUUUUGGCAAUGUAGGGAUUCUGGACAAUGGUGGAAUUCUGUGUGAUGGUGGAAUUCUGGGCGAUGGUGGAAUUCUGUGUGAUGGUGGAAUUCUGGGCGAUGGUGGAAUUUUAGGCGAUGGUGGAAUUCUGUAUGAUGGUGGAAUUCUGGGCGAUGGUGGAAUUCUGGGCGAUUGUAAAAUUCUGAGCGAUGGUGGAAUUCUGUACGAUGGUGGAAUUCUAGGCGAUGGAGGAAUUUUAGGCGAUGGGGGAAUUUUGGCAAUGAAGGAAUCCUAG